GGUCGUUUGGUCACGUGGCUCGGUUCGCUCCGCAUGUGCCUCUCGGCGGGAGGGGAGCCACGACAGAGCUUGAGCUGGGACAGGGUCGGCUGGCCGCGUCAACAUGACGCUGUGACUGUGACUGUCGCGGGCCGCUUGGCUGAGGGCACGGAUAAGGGGUGUCAGACAUUACUCAUUUUUGGUGACUGCGGCUGAACGGCGCGCUCUUAAGACUUCGUUGUGCUUGCACCGGCUGUGAGUGUGCUCCAUGCAAAACCGGAGAGGAACAAUAUCUGGUCCCGAAGGGAGUGGUGUGGUGGCAGUCCUGUGUUGAGCUAUACCGAGCGAGGUGCGCGAGCGCAGCGGUGCUGAGAGAGAGUGGGAGCAGGACGGAGCGCUGGCAGACCUGUGGCCACUCGGUGACGGGCAGUCGGCCUGUGCGGACGUGCCCGCCGUGCUGGAGAACAGUGAGGCCGCCUCGGGCGAUGGCUGGUUGAGCAUGGAGUCGCCUCAGAUGUACGACCUCAGCGACGCGGUGGUGAAGCCCAACUUACUGAACCUGCCCAACAAGAGCGGAAAACUGGGAGGCCCCUACGGCGAGGAGUUCGGGGACUUGGCCGACCUCGGUGCCUCCGAGGUGUCGCUCGACCUGCAGGCGUUCGUCAACGACCCGCACUUCAGCGAUGGCAUCUUCCCGGACAUCGUGGACAAGAGCCUGGGUGUGGGCCUGGGCAGCCGCGCCACACCGGCGGCCACCUGCUCCUCGGGUCUGACCUACUCGAGCGGGGGCUACCUGCCGCCGGCACAGCCCGUGUGCUCGACAGCACCGCGGCCGGCGGCCGGCGCGCCGCCCCAGGCCCAGCUGCCGCCCGUCAAAAAGGACCCGGACGGCGGCGAGUACCAGCCGUACCGUCCGCCGGCCGGCUACCCGGCUGUCACCGCGCACGGCCCGGCCUACACGAGCCUGACACCGGCGUCCACGCGGCCGGCGGUGGCGCCGGCCGCCGCGGCCGCCCCCAGCCCAGCGCCAGCCAGGCCGGCGGCCAAGGGCUCCGGCGGUGGCGGCGGCGGUGGCGGGUCCAAGAGGAUAGACCGCUCGUCAGACGAGUACCGCCGCCGCCGUGAGAGGAACAACGUAGCCGUGCGCCGUUCCAGAGAAAAGGCCAAGAUGCGUUCCCGUGAGACGGAGGAGCGAGUGAAACUGCUGACCAGGGAGAACGACGGACUCCACAAGCGCAUCGAGAUGCUCUCCAAGGAGCUGGGUGUGCUCAAAAACUUGUUCGCGAAUGUGGGAGUGCUGCCUGACCAGUUGCAUCGCGAGAUUGCCAAACAUCUUGGCGAAGGAUUCAACCGUGGCCAGGCGCCCUCCGGCUUGUGACAGUAGGGCCGUGCGCUGUUGGGGCAGGACAGCCAGGAGCGGCCCGCGUGGCACUAGUCUUGCUCUGCUUGUUUGGCGUGGCGACCGUGGUUGUUAUGCAUGCGUUACCGGACUAUUACGAGUCACCUGUACCUGUGUCGCGUCCAGAGUGGAUGGAUGUUAGUCGCCCGUGCGGUGCUAAUAUAGUGGGGCCCAUUGUUCAUGUCUUUCGUCGCGCGGCGCGCCGAGCCGUGCCGUGCGCGUGCACGUCUGCCGGCCGUGCCGGUGGGCCGGGUCACGCCGAGCGCCGGCUCUGACUCAUUCCGGCGAGAGAAGGAGGGGGCGCGGCCAGCUCUCACCAAAGCUGGACUUUGUGAUAGCUGGCAGCCAGGGAGCGCGGUGCGCGUGGCCGCUGCCCACCUCCGAUGGACGGAAAUUGGCCGCCGGUGCGCACACUGUGCAGUAAUUAUGUGUUCAUGACGCCGAAAUCAACAUAUUUUAAUAAAAUGUUGUACUGUG